AUGGGGUGUUGCCAGUCGAGAAUGGAGCUGGAGGAGACCCUGUCAAGAUGCAAGGCACGGCGGCGCUACAUGAAGCAGCUGGUGAAGGGGAGGCAGGCCUUCGCCGUCGCCCACUUCCUGUACCUCCGCUCCCUCCGCUCUACCGGCGCAGCGCUCCUCCAGUUUGCCAAUGCCGAGUCUCCCGUGCGCCACCACUUGCCGCCCAUGGCCCCCUCGCCGCCACCCACCCCGCCGCCGCCGCAACAGUCCAAAGCUCCACCAUCGCCGCCGCCGCCGCCCCAGAUGAGUCCGUGCUCCGACAACUGGACUUCAGCCACAGCUUCGCCGCUCCUCCACCCGCCGCCGCCGCCACCGCCGCCGCCGAGCUCCUCUAGCUGGGAUUUUUGGGACCCCUUCCUCCCUUCUUCUCGGUCCGUUGCAGAGGAGUGGGAGGAGGCCACCACCACCACUACCACCACCACGACGGUCUCCGAAGCGGCGCCGGCGAACGCUGCCCCACCACCGUCUUCGGUGGUCGGUGGGUUCUCCAUCUCCGAGGACUCGGCCAGUGAGCUCGCCUUGGUGGUCUCCAGGAACAAGAAGAGCCUGUCGGAGAUUGUGAAGGAGCUCGACGAUUAUUUUCUCAAGGCGGCGGACGCCGGCAACCGGGUCUCCGCCUUCCUGGAGGCCCCCACCUGCGGUUUCUCCUCCGAUCAAGGACUGACGGGCAAGACCCUCUUCUUCGUCUUCCUCCUUUUACCAGCUGGAUUAAUUAACCCUAGUUCGAUCUGCAGGCAGAAUUUGCAGCUACGGCAGGAGUCUGAGCCCACUGCGGUGGCCGUGGGGAUGGAGCUCGAAGGCGAACCAGUUCGGCGGCUUCGAGCGGCUGGGGGAGGCGUCCAUGGCGAAGAGGGACGCCGCCCUCUUCGGUGGCGACUUCAUGAGCCACCGCUCCACCGUGGAGAAGCUCUACGCGUGGGAGAAGAAGCUCUACCUCGAAGUGAAGGUAAGCACCACUCCCCCCUCCCCCCACCGCGAUCCGCCAUUAUUUCUAGUUUUUUAGAGGGAGCUCACUCAGUGGGGGCUAUGGCGGCAGAACGCGGAGAGAUUGAAGGAGGAGCACGAGAAGAAGGUGGGGCUGCUGAGGAGGCAGGAGGCGAGGGGGGCGGACUACUUUAAGGUGGAGAAGACGAGGAAGGAGAUCGAGAGGCUCGAGUCCAGACUGACCGUCGCCUCCCAGGCCAUGGAGACCACCUCGUUGGAGAUCGUCCGGGUCAGGGAGGCUGAGCUCUUCCCUCAGCUCAUCGAGCUCCUCAACCGGUCGGCGCCUCCCUCUCUCUCUCUCUCUCGCUCUUUCUCCUCUGUCCUCUCUCUCUCGCUUGCUCUGGAUCUAAUCCAGUCUCUUACGGGGGGCAGAUUGAGGGCUAUGUGGAGGAGCAUGUACGAGUGUCACCAGGUGCAGACCCACAUAGUCCAGCAGCUGGAGUACCUCAAUGACGGCGGCGGCGGCGGCGGCGGCGGCGUCGCUGACCCGACGUCGGAGCUGCACCGGCAGUCGACGCUGCAGCUGGAGCUUGAGGUGCAGCGGUGGCAUUCGUCGUUCUGUGAGCUGGUCGAGUCGCAGAGGGACUAUAUCCACUCGCUGGCCGGCUGGCUGCGGCUCUCUCUCUUCGGCGGCGGCGCCGGGAAGCCCCACCACCACCACCACCACAUCACGGCGGAGAUCUACUCGCUGCUGGAGGAGUGGCAGCUGGCGCUGGACAGGGUCCCUGACAAGGUGGCCUCGGAGGGGAUCAAGAGCUUCCUCACCGUCGUCCACGCCGUCGUGCUUCAGCAGGAGGAGGAGCACCGCCAGCGGCGCCGCUCGGAAGCCGCCGGCCGGGCGCUGGAGAAGGCUGCUGCGGAGCUGAUGAGGUCCUCGCCAGCGCCGGCGAGGGAGGGGAAGGUAGCGGCGGCGAGGGCCAGAGCGGAAGAGGAGAAGACCAAGUGGGAGAAGUCCGCAGGGAUAACCAGGGCAAUGACGCUGAACAGCCUCCAGACCGGGUUCCCCAACGUCUUCCAGGCCAUGACCGGCUUCUCCGGCGUCUGCACGCAGGCUUUUGAGUCUGUCUACGGCCAUCGCCGGAGCCCCCGCGAGCUCAAGAUGCUUCUCCCUUGA